UCAUCAGUGAGGAUUUACGACUGGUCAACAAAGGCACGUGAUUCCCGAACGCUCUCCCAUAUUUGGCCGCAUACCUGGCAAAGUACAGUAGGGCUUCAUUGCUUAUAAUUCAUGAUUGCAUCCAUAAAUCGUGCAAGCACACAGGAUUAUAGCGACAAAGAUCUACAAAUCGAGGCUUUAAAAAUCCAAGCAAAUGAGCUCUUACUUUGUAAACUCGUUCUCAGGGCGCUAUCCAAAUGGCUCCGACUAUCAGUUACUAAAUUAUGGGACUAACGGCGCUGUGAGCGGCUCCUUCAGAGACCCAGGCACCAUGCACUCCGGGUCUUUCGGCUACAACUACAAUGGCAUGGACCUAACCGUGAACCGCACCAACACCGGCAGCCACUUCGGGGCCGUGAGAGAGGAUGCCCGGGGAUUCGCGCCAGACGCCCGCUACCGACAGACACCCAACUGCUCGCUCUCCUCCCCAGAUCCGGUGCCGCCGUCGUGCGCCACGGCCAACCGGGAGCCGCUGGAACUAAAAAGCCCCUCUCCUCCUUCUGACCGGAGCUCGACCUCGAGCGGCAACAAUCUCAACACUAACAACAACGCUCAUUUCACGGAGAUAGAGGACGCCACCGUCGCCUCAGAGACCGAGGAAGGCGCGCACAGCAGCGGCGGCUCCAGCUCGGCUCCUCGGGCGCAGCAGCACCAAGACCCCAGCGCCACCUCCUCCGCUCCCACAUCAAACGAUUGCCAAUCACCACAAAUAUUCCCCUGGAUGCGGAAACUGCACAUAAGCCAUGAUAUGACUGGACCUGAUGGGAAAAGGGCCCGAACCGCGUACACCCGGUACCAGACGCUAGAGCUGGAGAAAGAGUUUCACUUCAAUAGGUACCUAACCAGGCGGCGGAGGAUAGAGAUAGCGCACGCCCUGUGUCUUUCCGAAAGACAGAUCAAAAUCUGGUUUCAGAACCGCAGGAUGAAGUGGAAGAAGGACAAUAAACUGAAAAGCAUGAGUCUUGUAACAGGAGGCAGCGCCUUCCACAACUGAAUAACUUUUGGGGGAGAGUAACAAAAAAAAU